GGGGGCGCCCGGGGCGCCGCGCCUCGUCACUGCCCGCGCCGGAAGCGCGUCAGGGCGGCGGCGCUCGGCGCUGCGAGUGCGGGGCGGUGAGGGAGCCGUGCGGGGCGGUGAGGGAGCGGUGCGGGCCGCCGCCGCCAUGAACAGCGUAGGCGAGGCUUGCACCGAGCUGAAGCGUGAGUACGACCAGUGCUUCAACCGCUGGUUCGCCGAGAAGUUCCUCAAAGGCGAGAGCUCCGGGGACCCCUGCGGGCAGCUCUUCAAGCGCUACCAGAUCUGCGUGCAGAAAGCAAUCAAGGAAAAGGACAUACCCAUUGAAGGCCUGGAGUUUAUGGGCCCAAACAAAGGAAAAACUGAGAACUCCUCCUGACCUCAUCUGGAUGGGUGGAAUCACUAAUAUGGGCCUUUGGACUAGAUGACAUCAGCAGGCAUGCAGCUGGAUGCAACCCAGAUCACACCUUUAUUAAGCUGUGUUCUGGCAAGCAGGAAGUCUCUGCUUGUAAAAACAAAUGGCAACCAUAAAGCAACACAAAAAGGGGGGGGGGAAAGGGCAUAAGAAAGACUGGAUCAUGCAGUAAUCCAACACGGAGUUGUGGUGGUGGUGGUUUAGCAUCUGAUCGCAUGAAAAGCCAUUUGAACUAACUUCCUAUUGAAUGUACUCUAACGGGAGAAUGCUUACUAGACUGGGCUGGCACAGUGGUUGCUUUGUGACUGAUUUUUCUUGCUUAUUUAUAUAACACUUGAAACUGUUAAAAAGCAGUAUGAAGGAGGUUGAUUUAAUCUGUCUUGUCUCUCUGCUGCUGAAUUUUGGUGGAAGAAGUUUCCUUUAUGAUAAUGCUGAGAGGCUAAAACAAGUUGUAUCAGCAGCAGAGAUGAUGUAAAAGCAUUCUAUUGGACCUGCAAUAACUCAACUGAAAUAGAUGUAACCAGCCUCUAUUCUGUUCAAGUAGAUAACUGUGCAGUAGAAUCUGACUGUGACUUCUAGGAGGGAUAGGGUGGCCUGAAGCAGAAGCUGAAGUGGACACAGCGCAGAGGCAACUUCUUCAGAACUUACCUGAGGUACUGAAACAAUCCUGAUCUGGAAUUCCCUCCUCUUUAACAUUAUCUGUUCCUGGAGUAGAAGUGGAGUACAGUCUUGGCUGUACUUUCCACACUACCACAAAGCACCAGGCUGGCCACAGUCACUGCCACACUUCUGCUUGUGGUAGUUGAAGCCUGUGUUGAAUGAGGGAAACAUUGGGAUGAAGCUUGACAGCUGCUAGCAUUAAAUGCCUCAGCUGUUGCUUCGGGAUCUCACCUGCUCUCCAAGCUGCUCCUGAACUCCAUGUACUUACACUAACAAAAGCAAAGGGAAGAUAUUUGUGCUAGCUUGUUAAACUGCAUCAACUGAAAAAAGUGUUUGGAGGCAAGACAGCAGGAUCCACCCUGUCCAAUAGCCCUGUGAGCACUGUGGCAGGGGAGGAGACUUCUCUCGAUCCUCCUAGAGGGAUAAGGAAAAGCUGUCCUCUUACUACACCAACAGAGGUGAAAUAUUAUGGCCUAGGGAUGAAAGAGAAAUCAAAUUCCUAGUUCUAGAAUUGCAGUGAGGAGAGGUAGGGCAGUGUCAGUACAGGGAUUACAUGUGGCACUGGAAAAGCAAGUGUUAAACUGCUGGGUCACUCAGGUGUAAAUAAAGGUAAGGUAAAGGUAUAAGAGCACAGUAAACAGCAGUUUUGGGGACUUUGAAGUAUACAGCUUUUUUCAUGUUUGUUUAGGGUUUUUUGUUGCUUUUCUAUGAUCUUUGUGCAAGAAUAAACAUAGUGGUUUUGUCAGCUUUAAACCCAACUGUACCCAUCAGUGCCUUUUUCUGUGCUGUUAACACAGAAAAGCUUAUUUUAGCAGGCAUUUUAAUAGCAAAUAGAUUGCACUGAAAUGUGCAGAAGGGCAUUUUGCAGCUCCCACUUUGAGAUUCCACCUGCCAUCCCCCACUCCUUUCAGCAGCAAGAUACCAAGUCAGCUGCUGCAUUGUCCCUUUUGGAAAACAGUAUUGCUGACAGCCAAGACAAGGAGCUCUCUUUCAUACCACACAAAUACAGAGUUGCAGAAGGCACUGGAAAAUGGUUCAUGUGCAGAGGAGAAAAACUUGAAAAUUAAAGUACUAGAAUAAACUCAGGGCUUUAGAGUUUGCAAUUAAUCAUGGAAGAUAAUUAAGCUCUUCUGGGUUAAGAAGUUUCUGACACAGUAUGUAAUAUAGAUGUAUGCAAUGGAGCAGAAGUUGUGUUUUCAUUGUUAGCACCUGUAAUGAGGCUUUGUACAUGUGCUGUACUAGACUGGUACUUCAUGAAAAACAUUGUGAGCAACAUAUACACAAACAGCAUAGAAAGUUUGAGAGAUGAACAUUAUGAAGCACACAGAGCUUCAUUAAGUAUCUUUGCUGCCACUUCCUCUCUAGAAGCUAGAAGAAAUUUGCCUUUGUGAGUUAGUAAAUGUUGUAACUGGAGAAUGUUUAGCCUGAUACCUGCUCAUCUGCUGCAAGCUGUGGGUUCACAGUGAUCAGUUAAACCAGACAUGAUUAAUAAACUGAGUAAUAUCUUG